AUGACUGGCGACGUGAAGCACUGGGAAGCCGAAGCCCUCUCCCUCAGGAGAGUCGCCUUCUUGGGCGUUGCCCUAUCCACCGCGGCUACGCUUAUCUGCGUCGUCUCCGUGCCGAUGCUGUACAACUACAUGCAGCACAUGCAGUCGGUCAUGCAGAACGAAGUCGACUUCUGCAAGUCCCGCUCAGGAAACAUCUGGAGAGAAGUCACCCGCACUCAGGUUCUCAGCAAGACCACAGAAAGCGCACUAAGAAGCCGCCGUCAGUCUGGCUACGGUGGUGGAUGCUGCGGUUGCGGUGUUUCCCCACAAGGACCACCCGGACCACCUGGUCCAGAUGGACAGCCUGGAUCAGAUGGAACACCAGGAGUUCCUGGAAAGGAUGGUCCCGAUGGACCACCAGCAACACCUGCUCCUCCCCACAACGGUUGCGUCGAGUGCCCCGAUGGACCUCCAGGACCCCCAGGAAACCCAGGAGGAAAGGGAGCACCAGGAAACCCAGGAUCAGAUGGACAGCCAGGAGGAGCAGGAAACGCUGGAGCACCUGGAGCACCAGGACCACAGGGACCACCCGGAAGCGACGGACAGCCUGGAAACCCCGGUGCACCUGGAGCACCUGGACAACUCAGAGAAGUUCCCGGACCUCAGGGACCAGCUGGACCACCAGGACCACAAGGACCCCCUGGACCCGAUGGAAAUCCAGGAGCUCCAGGAAACAACGGCCAAGAUGGUGGCCCAGGACUUCCCGGAGAUAACGGAAACCCUGGUGGUCCCGGACAGCCUGGCGGCCCCGGUAACAAUGGACCAGAUGGAGACCAGGGAGGACCAGGAAGCUGCGAUCACUGCCCACCUCCUCGCACUGCUCCAGGAUAUUAG